UACACAGCCAAGGAUGGACGAGAACCUGAGUCGCGGCUACAUCCAGCUGGGCCGCCAGCGUGUCGUGUUAAAACAACCGGGGAGUCCCCUGGCGCCGUCGCACGAGCGUCCUCCGGAGGACCGCUGCAGCUGCGUCUACUUGGCCCUGGUGCUGGCCGGCGUGGGAUUCCUGCUGCCUUACAACAGCUUCAUCACGGCCGUCGACUACUUCCAGGACAAGUACCCGCGCACAACCAUCGUCUUCGACAUGAACCUCGUGUACAUUCUGACGGCCUUCUUGGCGGUGGUAGUGAACAACCUGCUGGUGGAGACGCUGCCUCUGCAGGUGCGCAUCACGUUCGGCUACCUGCUCUCCUUCGCCACGCUGCUAUUCGUGGCGCUCGUGGAGGUGCACUGGGAAAGCUUCGAGCACGACGUCGGCUACACGGCAAACCUCGUCGCCAUCGCCAUCGUCGCCCUAGGAUGCACGGUGCAGCAGUCGAGCUUCUACGGGUACACCAGCAUGCUGCCUUCCCGGUACACGCAGGCUGUCAUGACCGGAGAAAGUGCCGCCGGCGUUCUGGUGUCGGCCAAUCGCAUCCUGACCAAGGCGCUGCUUCGAGACGAGAGGCUCAACACGCUGCUCUUCUUCCUCGUCUCGGUCACCGUGGUCAUGCUGUGCUUCGUCAUCCACCUCGUGCUGCAUCGCACCAGGUUUGUGCGCUUCUACUUGGACCUGUGCGCCGCUGCUGCCGAAGAGGGCAAAUCCGAUGGAGACGACGUCCUCCACAGCCGAAUCCUGCUGGAACCGACCGAGGAUGUUGGACUGGUGGACAUGUUGGACCCCGUCGAGUCGAAGACGGGCAAGUACGGCGUGCUCUCGCUUCGCACUCCACCGGCGUCACCGACGAGCACGGCUGGUGGCGCAGACUUCGAGUCCAGCGACGUGCUCGACGACGAGGAGUCCAUCGACGCGCGCCGGCGCGGUGGGUACAUCACUGACGACACCACGAGGAGCCUGUGGAGCGGUCGCAUGUCGGCGUCGCUAGGGGGCUCUGGCGAUGUUGCUUCCUGUGGCGCCCCUUCACGGCGAGGCUUAGUUGGUGCCAGUGUCGGCGCCGGAAGCGACGAAUUAUCCACUUCCGGUCUUAAGGGUGUCAACUGCCGUGUCCAGGAAGUGGUUGUGCGCAUGCGCAGGAGAACUCACGGCAGACCUCCCAGAUUGUGGAGCGGCAUCAAGCGUGGCCUGGUCGCUCGGUACCAAGUGGGACGUAAAGUGUGGCCCUACAUGAUCAGCAUGGCGCUGGUCUACAUGGUGACGCUGUCGCUGUUUCCGGGAAUAGAAAGCCGCAUCGUUUCCUGCCGCUUGGGCUCGUGGAUGCCCGUGCUCCUGAUGGCGCUUUUCAACGCGGCUGACUUCAUCGGAAAGGUGCUGGCGUCCGUGCGCUACGAUUGGUCCCGCUCGCAGCUGGUGUGGCUCUCCUGCAGCCGCGUCGUGCUGGUGCCGCUGCUGGCGCUGUGCGCGUUGCCGCGAUGGUACAGCUCCACCGGCUCUGAUCUCUGGGCCAUGGCCCUGUCUGCGGCGCUGGGCGUCACCAACGGCCUGCUCGGAUCACUGCCCAUGAUACUGGCGCCUGGCAGGGUGCCCGACGACCAGAAGGAGCUCACCGGGAACAUAAUGACGCUAUCGUACAGCGUGGGGCUGACCACGGGGUCGGGACUGGCCUACCUGCUGGUGUACUUGAUUCAAGGCUACGACUUCGGGGGACCCGACUGCAGUGAACAUUUUCCUUCCACGCCGAACUCGCUCAACGAGACAUCGUGGCUUACGCUAGCUAGCGCCAACGCCACUCGCCAUUUGCAGGCGCUAUAAGAGUUGCGUAAAUGUUACAAAUAUGCUGCGCUAAAAAAAAAAAAAGAAACCUUUGUCUGCUGCAUUCGCACAAUUCUUAUAGUCGGUUGCAACCUAAGCAUAAAUGUAAACUCCCCGCAGAGCGGUCGUAGUCCCACCCAGAUAAAGUUUGCAUCCACAGAGGAAAGUUUAAUGAACCAACAUACGCAAGCGCUAGUGACGCUUAUACGCUAAAUGCUUAUGAAUUGCGUCAGUAUAACUUACACAAACGCUAGACGCAGUCUUACGUAGACUGGAAUAAUACACUGCAAGCUACACAGUAACUAUAGAGCGAGAAACGUGCUAACGAAAGCAUCAUAUAGCUCACAAGAAGGUAGGGGGGAAAAACGGGGGGGGAGGGUUUAACUCGUUCCUUUCUCUGCAUUUGCUCGAUUCCGUGACGUCAAGAACCUUUCUAGUAAUUCAGGCGAUUUUUCCAUACAGACCCAUGUUUGUGUCGCCGAUUUUCGAUCGAAACUGUGACUUCCUGUUAAAUUUCAGCAAAGAUUUCGUCCUCGCUGCUCAGCCAAACCUAAUGUUCUACGUAGUGAUGACUAACCUUUUAUUCUUAAUAUGCGUAGUAUUUACAUUAGCAGCGAAAAAGUGCUUACUGUUUGAACGGAAACCACGACGUUCUUGCGCAGAUGAUUGGCAGACGCGUUGCAGUGCUGGGGGCGGAGCUUGUACUUAUUCUUAGGCUGUAACCGACAACAGUGUUACAUGACAAUAAAUAUUCA